GGUUAAUAAAUCGAUUUGUUCUUCUCGAGCUGACAAGUCGUAUUCGUAUUGGAAAAUGUGAAUAGUAUUUAGGGUUGUUUAGCAAGUGAACCUGUGAUAAUAAUAUGUACUGGAAUUAAAAAUUUCUAAUAAAAUAAUAUAGUGCUAAUAUUAGUCAAAAUGUACAUUAAACUUAUUCAGUUAUUCUUAUUAAUAAGUGUCAUUUGUACUGCUGCAGUGUCAGCAGGUAGAGAUUUUUAUAAAAUAUUAGGUAUAUCAAAAUCUGCUAGUUUACAUGAUAUUAAAAAAGCAUAUAGGAAAUUAGCCAAAGAGCUUCAUCCGGAUAAAAAUAAGGAUGACCCGAAUGCUUCACAGAAAUUCCAUGACAUAGGUGCAGCUUAUGAGGUUCUCUCAGACGAAGAAAAAAGAAAGAAGUAUGAUAGAUGUGGAGAAGACUGUUUACAGAAGGAUGGAAUGAUGGAUGGAGGUAUGGAUCCAUUCGCGAGUUUCUUUGGAGACUUUGGCUUCCACUUUGGAGGCAAUUCUCAAAAACAUGAAACUCCGAGAGGAGCAGAUUUAGUUAUGGAUGUGUUUGUUACAUUAGAAGAUCUUUAUACUGGCACCUUUAUUGAAAUUACAAGAAACAAACCAGUAUUAAAACCAACAAAAGGCACCCGUAAAUGUAAUUGCAGACAAGAAAUGAUUACUAAAAGUUUGGGACCGGGUAGAUUUCAGAUGAUACAACAAAAUGUGUGUGACGAAUGCCCAAACGUAAAAUUAGUUAAUGAGGAAAAGUUGUUGGAAAUGGAAGUUGAACCUGGUAUGGUCGACGGACAAGAAACCAAAUUUGUAGCUGAAGGAGAACCACAUUUGGAUGGAGAACCAGGAGAUCUUAUUUUGAAAAUCAAAACACAGCCACACCAAAUGUUCGAAAGGAGGGAAGACGAUUUAUACACAAAUGUUACAAUAAGUUUACAGGAUGCUUUAACUGGUUUUACAAUGGAAAUAACGCAUUUGGAUGGUCAUAAAGUUAGUGUAGUUAGAGAUAAAAUAACUUGGCCAGGUGCACGUAUUCGUAAGAAGGGUGAAGGUAUGCCAAACUAUGAGAACAACAAUUUACAUGGUACCCUUUACAUAACAUUCGACGUAGAAUUUCCUAAACAAGAAUUAACUGCGGAGGACAAAGAAGCUCUUAGAAAAAUCUUGAACCAAAGCUCAAACAACAAAGUGUAUAAUGGACUUAGAGGUUAUUAAAUGUACAUCCCAUUUUUUCGGGACUUUUCCUUUUUUAAGUGUAGUCCGUUUUUAUGACUUAAUUUAUUCUGUUCCUAUUUAUUUGGAUAAAGUGUAACUUUUGUAUGUAACACAAAUAUUUCCAAACAAAAAUUUUGUAAAUUUGUGGACAAUGUUAUUGCAAUGGCGUUCUUCUAAAAUUGAGUAUCUGCUAUGUUUAUUAGUAUAGCAUUAUUAUACUUACAUUUUUAGAUAAACACUAUUCGAUUGGUCGGUGAAUCCCAAACAUAUUUGUAAAUAUUUCGAUUAUCAUUUGUACAUUGAUGAAAGUGUAUAUGGAAAUACAUUUUGUAAUAUAUAUUAGUUCAAAUUUGUAAUUAAUUGCCUAUUCCAGAAAUCAACAUUCCAGAAGUAUCAUCUACUGUAUACUCCAUACCAUCACGUCGUACUCUACUUUUUUAGUUAUACAGAGAUGUUACGGAUAAAUUUAGUUUAAUGGUUGAGCCCAGAUUUACCGGUAUAAACUGCAGAACACCUGUUGUUCAAAAGGAGAUAAAAAACUUAAGAAUAGGCUCUAAAGACAAGGUUGUACAAUGAAAAGACCGUCUCCUAAGCCAAAAGAGACUGAAAUGACGGUGUGAUUACAGCACAGGGGAUCACUUAUGCUCAAUUUUGGAACAAAUCAAAAUACAGAGUAGUUUGUAAACCAAGUACAAGUACAGAGUAAACAUGUUCAACAAAAGUCUACCAAAGAAAAAUAGACUACAAACCAAGAAAGGUACCAAAAACACCAUGUAUAAUUACUUUAAAUAACAAAUCUCACCCUCAUUUGUUGGAUGGAUGGAUGAGAAGGGUAUGGGUGGAACUCAAAGUGCAGCCACCUCCACGUGGUAAGCUCUGGGCUGCACAAUUGGCACAAAACUUCGAAAUCAACCAACUUUAUGCCCCAUAUGAUUUUUCGUUUUGUUUUACCGUUUUUGAAAGACUAAAAUAAACAAAAUUGCUAU